AUGACAAGAAACAAAGUGAACUAUGCUUUGAUUGAAGAUGAUACUAAAAGAAAAAUCUCAUAUGAUAAAAGACUGAAAGGGCUGUUGAAAAAAUCUGAUGAACUGAAAACACUUUGUGAUGUUGAAGUGGCUACAGUGAUAUACGGCCCAUACAGGAAUGAACCAUAUGCAUUUCCAAAUAAUAAUGUUGUACGCAACACUUUUAUAAAGUUUAAAGAGUUGCCGAUAUUGGACAGAUCUAAGAACAUGGUGACAAGAGAAGAGUUCACUAUGAAAAGGAUCAAGAAGUUGGAGGAACAACUUCAAAAGAUAAGAAAGGAAAAUAGGGUCAAGGAAAUGACAAAUGAGAUGUAUGAGUUGUUCAAUAGAAAAACUCUUUCUGUUGACAUGAGCACUUCCUAUCUCAACGACCUACGUUGUGUGAUAAAAAAAAAUCUCAAACAGGUACAUGAACUAAUGAUAAAAGAGGCUGAUGGAGAGGGUUUUACAUCGAAUGCCCCUCAACCCAUUGUCGAACCAAUGGUAUCCAAUUUUGAAGGACCAAUGGAUCCUUCUCCUCUAUUGUUUUCACAAAUGUUUCCUCCAAUGGUUCCACAAUUGUUUUCUCCAAUGCCUCAUCACAAGAGUGUUGGAAAAACACCUAGACUGACCCAUAAAAUGCCGUCUACAAAAAUGAAUUCUCUUAUGCCUUCACAAAAGAUUGAUUAUCCGACGUCUUCAUUAACGAUGGCUCCUCCAAUGUAUUCUCUAGUGUCUCCUACAUUGACACAACCAGUCGAACCUUCAAUGGAUAUCCCUUCAAUUGGUAUAUCAACCUCAACGAAUAAUGAUCAUAAUCUCUCUGUUAACUUACCAGAUAGUCCUACAACUUCUGGGUUGCUUAACACGAAGGAUGAUAAUGUGAUGACCUUAUUGGAUGAUCCGUUUUACACAAGUAGUCAGGAUCUUCAACAGGAGCUUCGUCGAUACAUGCAAGAGUUCGAGUUAGCUAUGGUGAGCCUCCUUUAA